AUGGCACGCGUAUCAAUGAAAACUGCAACAUUUACAGAGUUUAGCCCAACAAAUUCGUAUCAGUAUCGUUAUUUUGGUCACUUCAGUCCGCUUUUAACUGAAAUGCAAAUUUUUUUGCAAGUAAAGUUACGUAUAGCUAUCACCAAACACGUUGUGGGAAUCCAUCAGAUUAGGGCUACGGCUAUGACAAAGAUGGGGCAUUACCGUCGCUGUGAAAAAAAGCAUUCCCACUCAAUAUGUGGCGAACAACUCUUUAUCAUUCUACAAUAUAAAGGAUUGUGA